CUACAACACACACUACAAAUGUCUAACCUUAACGUCGGUAUUAUCGGAACUGGUAUCUUUGCCACCGAUACCCAUCUUCCAACCAUUAAUAAGCUUUCCAAUGUGACCCCAACCGCUUGUUUCAACAGAACAAAGGCCAAGGCUGAAGUGUUCGCUACCAAGGCAAACAUCCCUGCCGAGUCUGUGUACGACUCAUUGGACUCCAUCUUCGAGGCCAAGGACAUCGACUUCAUCGACGCCUUGCUCCCAGUGCAAUACAAUUUGGACGCCGUUAAGUUGGCCAUCAAGAACAACAAGCCAAUGGUUAUGGAAAAGCCAAUUGCUGCCAACAUGGACCAAGCCAGAGAAAUCGUCAAGUUGUCCAGAGAGUCUUCUCUCCCAAUAGGUGUGUUGGAAAACUGGUCUUUCAGAUCUGCCAUCAAGAUUUUGAAGAAUGAAAUCUUGCCCCAAAUUGGUGACGUUGUUUCCUUCACUUAUCUGUCCACUGGUCCAUUCAAUGACGACAACAAGUACAUCAACACCUCUUGGAGAGUCAACCCAGAACACAUUGGUGGGUAUCUCUCAGAUGGUGGUGUCCAUCAAUUGGCUCUUCUCACCGAUGUCUUGGGUGAAGUUUCCACUGUCUCUGCCUUGACCAAGCAAUUACGUAAGGAAAGUGGUGAUGUUGAUGUUUUAUUCUCAACCAUGAAAUUAGAUGACGGUGCCAUUGGUACCUUCACUUAUGGAUCAGCCUUUGGAGCCACUGAGAAGUCUCUCAAGUUCACCAUCUUUGGUACCAAUGGUUCUGCCAUCUAUGAUUUUUCUCCAAGCUUAAGCAAGCCAACCAUCACUUACCAAACUGGAGCCAGUGGUCAAACUUCUUCUGGUCCAAAGGUCAUUGAAGUUGAUGAAAUUGACACUUUUGUUGCUGAAUUCGAAAACUUUGCCGCUGCUGUUGUCUCAGGUAACAAGGAUGAUGUUGUUGUUAAGCCAGAACAUGCCUUCCAUCACUUGGCCAUUGUUGCUGCUGCCUUGGAGAGUGCUGACAAGGACGGUGCCAACGUUAAGGUUGAAAAGAUUUAAAGAGGGAUAUGGAUUAUAGCACUAUAUACUUAUUAACGAUCAUGAAAUGAUGUGAGGUGUAGGUAACUGUAGGAGUGGAAAG